UGUUUUCAGAAUCGUUCGCCGACUGGCUAGAAGAGAAGAUCGACAUCCCAAUCUUCGAGGAGCUGCCAGUGCCGGAAUGCGGUCAAAAUCGUGCUGUAACAGCGAUACCAUACCCGGCCAAACCACAGCCGAUCCACGUGGUUUCGGCAACGCCAAUGGUAAUCGGUGUGAACGGCGGCGACACCACCCAAUCGUUGCUACGCGAAUUCGAGACGGUACUCGGUGACGUCGAGGCUUGUCAUCAGAUCGCUUCUACUACCACGCUAACUCCGCCUCAAUCGCCACCUCCGAUUUUAUGCAAGCAGCAGCAGCAACAACAUCUAUUACAAUCGCAAGCUCAUCUACUCGUGUCACUGCAGCCGAUCCAUCAGCAGCAACAAACUUUCGUCUAUGAACAGCAACAGCAUCAACAUCAGUAUCACGAGGAACACGCAUCAAUAACCAACCUCCAUGGCCAGCCACAGUCAUUGAAUACCAGCUAUGCUAUACUCUUGAACAACGGCAAUGCCACCAACGAGCCUAUUAACCAGCAUCAACAGCAACAACAUGUCACCGAACAAUGGACCGCCGAAAAUCUUUCGCUCGAUCCCCUGGUACACAGCGGUGACGUAGCCCAAGAACUAGCUCAGGUAGACGAGUACGUACGAAGUUGCGCCGAAGACGUUGCACCGUCGCCAUCGUGCUCAAGCACCAGUUGUAGUUCCGAAGAUUCGUCCGAUCCCGAUUGGUCGUUUGAAUCAUCCUCGGCAUCGACUAGCAGCAGUCCGCGUAAAAUCAGCAGUACCGGACGUGGCGCUGGUGGACGUCGCGGUAACAAGCCAUAUUCUCGACCCAAUGUGGAAGACAAGCGUGUGCGCAAAAAAGAGCAGAACAAGAAUGCCGCGACGCGUUAUCGUCAGAAAAAAAAGCAGGAGAUCAAGGAGAUCGUGGGCGAGGAGCAGGAGCUCAACAACAAGAACGAGCAGCUGCAGGUCAAAGUCAAGGAUCUGCAGCGUGAAAUUGGCUAUCUCAAGGGCCUCAUGCGUGACCUGUUCAAGGCUAAAGGUUUACUCAAAUAGAUUGAGAAACGUCUCGUAGUAGAAAAGCGCGAUUUUAGCUGAUCUUUUUUUGGGCGCAAGGUAUACGGCUGCGACGAUUCUUCUUUCUUUAGAGUCUUAUUGUAUCUUUUGUUUAUUAUAUUAUCUGUUUUUUUUUUCUCUAAUUUUAUGAGCACUUAUAGCCCCGUUUCUUUACUUUCAUCCUAUUUUUUUUAUUAUUGACAAUCUUAGUCUAUGAAUUAAAUCUAUAUUAUGUAUGGCUUUUUAUCGAUCUACGAAAGUGGCGUAACUUUGAUUUUUUUAUGUACGGCGUAUUGUUAAUCAAAUAUUCUCUCUCUAUCUAUCUAUCUAUCUAUCUAUCUGUUAUUAUGUAUCGUAUAUUUUUAAUCAACCAAUAUUUCUUUAAUUUUUUAGAAGUAGCUCUUAUAUGUUUAAUGUAUUUUUUUAUUAUUUUUAAACGACCCUCCGACACUGUGUUCUUGCGUAAGUACAAUAAUAUUUCUGCGCUUGAAGCAAGCGGUACUCAAGUCGUCUGUCAUGCGUCAACGUCAACUGACAGAGCACUGCAGGUUGAAUCGAAAGUGUGUAUAUGUAUAUUAUGUGUCCGUAAAACAUCGAUCUCUCACUCACUCCUUUUAUAAAAAAAAUCUACCGACAACAAAUACUAAUAAUGAUAAAAGAAAAUUGUACAUUUUUUCGCAAUCUAUUCACUUGAUACAGCGAUGAAUUUCGUUUUUCUUUAAUUUGUUCUUACAUUUUAAUGUAAGGGGCGCCAAAUGGUGGAUCGAGAUGCUUCGACUGAAACCGACAGCCUUGUGAUGUCUAAUGACGGAAAUCUGCUGUUUUUCGGCGUAGAUCGAUUUUGCGUUCUCGGCUUUGCUACAGGAUAUCCCCAGCCGGAGGAUCAUGUGUUAAGGAUUCAUUCCAAAAGUUUGUUUAUAUGAAACAAAAAAAAAGCAAAUACGUGCGAGCGGCAUUGUAUACCUUUAACCCGCCGUUGUCAUACAACUACUCCUUCGACUGAACGAGCAAUUGUAUCACGAUGAAAUAAAUUACAAAGCAAAUAAAUGUGGGUUAUCAAACAUA